AUUUACAACAACAACAAUAACAACAACAAAAUGGAUAUAGUACCUUUGAGAAUCUUCUUUCCAUAUCACUGACAGUUUUCCUUGAUGCCUUGCCUUUGCCAGUAGAGUAGUAGAGUUCUGGUUCUGUGUUGUUGGUUGUAUUUGUAUUUUGAUGAAUUUGUAUUUGUGUUGUGUUUUGUACGCACAAGAAACGACGAUGUGAUGUGAUACUCUGAUGCCGCUUUUUCUAUGUUCUGUGCAGUGCCAGCACUGAGGACGAUGAUGAUGAUGUUGACAAUGACGAUGUUGAUGAUGAUGAUGAUGAAUCCCUGUGAAUUGUAGGAUGUCACCACCGAGUAGACAAAUAGAGAGCAUCACAGUACACCAGUAUUAGACAACUUUUCAUUCCUGUUGGUUGUUUCUUCGGGGUUUUUUUCUGUUUAACGAUUUAGAUGAAAAACUGAAUAUAUAGCGCGCGUGUUUUGUGUAACUUGAACUCUAUUUCAUCCUGGCAAACAACAAAACAAUUUAAAAGAAAAAAAUAAAGAAAGGAAUACAAAAAAAAAAAAGGAUACACGGGAAUACCUCUCUAAGUGCGUCUCGGCUCGACUUGGAAUUGACUUAAAUACACAACACAAUACAAUAAGAAGUUUUUGGUUUCUUGGGAAAUGAGUUAAACGGGAACUUUGACACAGCUCCAAAAAAAAGGACUCUAAAACCACCUUCAUAUAAAACCAAGAAAUUGAAUUAAAUCCUUAUUUAGUUUCUUCUGUGUCGGUUAGUGGCAAGUGACAAAGACUGUGCUCCUCUUUACUAUAUUUAAGAGUGUAAACGAUAACGGUAGAGUGUGUGUUGGUUACGUUCCACUUUUUCGAUAUGUCUCGCUGUUUGAUAAUUAGCAUGCAGCAAUAUUUGCAAAAUGCAAAUUCGUCUGACGAUGAUGAUGAAGGUAAAUCCAAGCGUGCCAGCGCAUUGGUUGCAGCUGUCGAAAAGGCAACUGAAAAUUUCAUUCAGAAAGGUGAACAAAUAGCCUAUGAGAAUCCCGACAUUACCCAAGAAAUGUUGGCAGCUGUGGAUGAAGUUCGUAAGACUGGCGAUGCCAUGAGCAUUGCAGCUCGUGAAUUCUCCGAAGAUCCAUGCAGCUCAUUGAAACGUGGCAAUAUGGUUCGUGCAGCUCGAAAUUUACUUUCAGCUGUAACACGACUUUUGAUCUUGGCCGAUAUGGUUGAUGUUCAUUUGUUGCUCAAGUCGCUGCAUGUUGUUGAAGAUGACUUGAAUAAGCUUAAAAAUGCAUCCAGUCAAGAUGAAUUGAUGAAUAAUAUGAGACAAUUUGGAAGAAAUGCUGGUGAAUUGAUUAAACAAGCUGCCAAGCGUCAACAAGAACUCAAAGAUCCCCAACUGCGAGAUGAUUUGGCAGCUGCUCGAGCAAUGCUCAAGAAACACUCGACUAUGCUUUUGACCGCAUCUAAAGUCUAUGUGCGUCAUCCAGAACUUGAUUUAGCCAAAGUCAAUCGAGAUUUUAUAUUAAAACAAGUUUGUGAUGCUGUCAAUACGAUCAGUGAUGUUGCUCAGGGCAAAUCAUCACAACCAACUGAUAUUUAUAGUGGAGCUGGUGAAUUAGCAGCAGCAUUGGAUGAUUUCGAUGAAGGUAUCAUCAUGGAUCCAUUGACUUAUAGUGAGAAACGCUCCAGACAGCUAUUGGAAGAGAGAUUGGAGAGUAUUAUUAGUGCAGCUGCAUUGAUGGCUGAUGCUGAUUGUACGCGUGAUGAACGUCGUGAAAGAAUUGUUGCUGAAUGUAAUGCUGUUCGUCAAGCAUUACAGGAUCUUUUAUCCGAGUAUAUGGCUAAUUUAAUUGCAGCGAAAUCAAAAAAAUUGAUGGGUCAAAAGGACAACAGCGCUGGUCUGGAUAGAGCCAUCGAUCAAAUGUGUCGCAAAACUCGCGAUCUCCGUCGUCAACUACGCAAAGCAGUUGUUGAUCAUGUUUCUGAUUCUUUCUUAGAAACCACCACACCCCUUAUCGAUUUAAUCGAAGCAGCCAAAACUGGAAAUGAGAAAAAAGUACGCGAAAAAGCCGACAUCUUUACCAAACACGCUGAGAAACUAGUUGAAGUUGCCAAUCUUGUAUGCAGCAUGUCGAACAAUGAAGAUGGCGUCAAAAUGGUACGUUUCGCUGCUGCACAAAUCGAAAGUCUUUGCCCACAGGUCAUCAAUGCAGCUUCAAUACUCACUGUGCGACCAAAUUCAAAGGUCGCUCAAGAAAAUAUGGCAGCUUAUCGUCAGGCAUGGGAAGUUCAAGUUCGAAUUCUAACUGAAGCUGUUGAUGAUAUUACAACAAUUGAUGAUUUCUUGGCCGUUUCGGAGAAUCACAUUCUCGAAGAUGUGAAUAAAUGUGUGAUGGCAUUGCAAGUUGGUGACGCACAGGAUUUACGAAGCACUGCUGGCGCAAUUCAGGGACGAUCGGCUAGAGUGUGUAAUGUUGUCGAAGCUGAAAUGGAUAACUAUGAGCCGUGCAUUUAUACCAAGAGAGUUCUUGAAGCUGUUAAGGUUUUGAGAGAACAAGUCAUGUCUAAAUUUGAUCAGAGAGUUGAUGUUGCCGUUGAAGCUCUGGCAACUAAUUCGAACAAAGAUGUCGAUGAAAAUGAUUUUAUUGAUGCUUCUCGAUUGGUGUAUGAUGGAGUGAGGGAAAUUCGUCGUGCUGUCCUAAUGAAUAGGAGUUCAGAAGAUUUAGAUACAGAUACUGAAUUUGAACCAGUCGAAGAUAUGACAUUGGAAACGCGUAGUCGAUCGAGCGCACAUACUGGUGACCAGACAGUUGAUGAAUAUCCAGAUAUUAGUGGCAUCUGUACAGCAAGAGAAGCCAUGCGUAAGAUGACUGAAGAAGAUAAGCAAAAGAUUGCCCAACAAGUUGAACUUUUCCGAAGAGAAAAACUCACAUUUGAUUCUGAAGUUGCUAAAUGGGACGACACUGGCAACGAUAUAAUCUUCUUAGCCAAACACAUGUGCAUGAUUAUGAUGGAAAUGACAGAUUUUACACGUGGUCGUGGUCCAUUAAAGACAACAAUGGACGUUAUCAAUGCUGCUAAGAAAAUCUCCGAAGCUGGUACCAAAUUAGAUAAGCUAACACGAGAAAUCGCCGAACAAUGCCCGGAAAGUAGCACCAAAAAAGAUCUGCUUGCUUAUUUGCAACGCAUUGCUCUCUAUUGUCACCAAAUUCAAAUAACAUCAAAGGUCAAAGCCGAUGUACAGAAUAUAAGUGGCGAACUUAUUGUCUCUGGGUUGGACAGUGCCACUUCUCUUAUACAGGCGGCCAAAAAUCUCAUGAAUGCUGUUGUCCUAACGGUUAAAUAUUCGUAUGUGGCUUCAACGAAAUACACUAGACAGGGAACUGUUCCGUGUCCCAUUGUCGUUUGGAAGAUGAAAGCUCCCGAAAAGAAACCACUUGUUCGACCAGAAAAACCCGAAGAGGUACGAGCCAAAGUCCGUAAAGGAUCACAAAAGAAGGUUCAGAAUCCAAUUCAUGCCCUCUCUGAAUUCCAAAGUCCGGCGGAUGCUGUCUAAAGUACUUGUAUCCUACUAGCAGCAGCAGCAGCUACAGCGGCUCUAAUAAAUUAAAUUAAUGAUCAAGAAAAAAUGCAAUAUAAUGACAUUUUACUUUAAAUUUUGAAUGAUAUUUAAACAAAAAGAAAAAAAACAAAAAACUAAAAUUAAUAUAUUUAUAAUAAAAUAUCAUUCUCAUUAUAAAACAAAAACAUUUUAGGCGAAUAUAAAGUACGCACGUGGUAAACAAAAGAAAAAAAAAGAAAAAUGGAAAAAUGUAAAAUUUCCAUGAAAACAAAAAUUAAUAAAAGACAUCUUCAUUAAAAUAGUGUGUUGUUCUGAUAAAAUAGCACAUUUUUGAUUAAGAAUAUUGGUGACAGUAUUUUAAAAUAACGAAUUGAUAGCAAUGAAGAAAAUUAAAAAAAAAAAAAACACAAAAAAAAACUAAAACCAACUCACAGCAUAGUUAAAAAAAAAAUAAAACAAAAAAACAAAUACAAUAAAUCAAUUCACGUAAAACUUCAAAAAUGUUCAGAGAAUUUCAAUUAAUUUCUUCUUCUUUGUACUAAAUUCGUUGGCUUUUACCAUUUUAUUCAACAUUUUCUUUUUUACGAUCAAAAAUAUAUUAC